GUCAGUAUUAUGCCUUUAAUUGCAAAAGUCAACCGUAAUGAAAAAGGGCCUCUGGGUAAUUCAAAGCCGGCAGUCAAUGAAGCUUAUGUACGUCGAAGAGCGAAGCAUGCCAUACGAAUUGUACACAAUUAUCCUUCGCCGUCGUUAAGGACACUGCCGGUUAUAUUAACGUUAAUCCAGGUUACGCAUUAAGUAAGCUAUCCGAUUCCUGGUUGCAUUUAAAAUUCCACAGGAACAGGGAUGCUAUGUUGGCCAUGGCUUCUCUAGAGCGUUAACGAUAUGAUUGUACGGCAUUCUCUAUGCAGCGAAAUUGAAAUUACAUGAUUUAUAGGCCAUUCCGUCAAUUUGGAUGAUAUGUAAUCGUGUGACAUUGACGUUGGGCAUGUUUGACUGUAUCCAACUUUUCCUCUGGCUGAAGUCACUGGACCUCGCAGUGCCGAUGCUUCGUUGUUUGACAAGCUGCUCUUAUCGGUUGAUGACUGGGAAAAGUGUAUCACGUAUUUUCUGAGCUCAAACAGAAAGGCCUCUCAUAUCAGUCGACCUUUUUAUCGCACAUGACACUACAUGAGAAUUUGAAAAAUACUUCGCGUACAGUUUUCGGAAGGAUUAUCUGCAGUUGUUAUCCCUGCAUUUUUUUCGUUUCGAAUUGCUGCAAAUAUCUGAGCCUGUUGGAUGCUACUGGUACUAAAACUUACAGAUUUUGUUUUUUUGGUUUUAAUGUCGGUUUACAAAAACAGGUUACGAAAAUGAAACGGUUGCGACGACGAUUGAAAGCGGCUCUUUACAGCCGAGAGAACAGAGUGGAGGAAGAAGUAACAACCACCACUUUCCAUGUUAGCCACAUGCAUUUCGGUGAUCACCGUUCCCGGGAAAACGGUGUUGUUCCCGAAUAUCCACCGUGUCCUUAUGGCUCCGAUGGAGAAAGCGAGGGUUUGUCAGGAGGCUCGGAAGAAAUUGUGUCCUCACCAAAUACAACCACUAUUUCCACCGAGCAUGUCGUAAUGAGACGUCGUCCCAGAACUUUGCGGAAUGGUGACACAUCGUUAACCGAAACACCGGGGCUUUGUAAUAACGCCAGGCGGUGGAACGCUCAGGAUAUAUCCAAGCGUCUGUCUUUACCGGCAGAACUGAAUGUUCCUGAAAGUUUCAUCGCUCGGCACAUUGGACCAGACAGCCCAUUGGAUGGUCCACUGACCCGCAAGCUACGGCGCACCAGUUUAUCUGAGCUGGGAUUUGGCAAAUUGGAAACAUACCUCAAACUGGAGCGACUGGGCGAAGGAACAUACGCUACAGUGUACAAAGGCAAAAGCCGCCUAACCGACGGUCUUGUGGCAUUAAAAGAAAUUAGAUUGGAGCACGAUGAGGGUGCCCCCUGCACGGCCAUCCGUGAAGUUUCCUUGCUGCGCGACCUUCGACACGCCAAUAUUGUAACCUUGCAUGACAUUAUCCACAGCGAAAAGUCGCUGGUACUAGUCUUUGAAUAUUUGGAAAGCGAUCUCAAAUCUUAUAUGGAACGCUACAACAACUACAUCAACCUCAAAAAUAUUCGACUGUUCCUCUUGCAACUACUGCGCGGUCUGAAUUACUGCCACAAACGUCGAGUAUUACACAGGGAUUUGAAACCGCAGAAUUUAUUGAUUAGUGAUCGCGGCGAGCUAAAGUUAGCCGAUUUUGGACUGGCCCGAGCGAAAUCUGUUCCAACCAAAACAUUCUCCAAUGAAGUUGUCACCUUAUGGUAUCGGCCGCCGGAUAUUCUUUUGGGCGCCACAGAUUACACGACGCACAUUGACAUGUGGGGUGUGGGAUGUAUAUUCUAUGAAAUGGCCACUGGUCGCCCAAUGUUUCCCGGCUCGACAACCGAAGAUGAAAUGCAUUUAAUCUUCAAGAUGUUGGGCACACCCACGGAGGGCGAAUGGCCCCAUAUCCAGGAAAGCGAGGAGUUUAAAGCCCUGGGAUUGCCCUUCUAUGAGCCGCAGCCCCUCAUCAACCAGGUUCCCCGACUGGACUUGGAUGGCCUCGAUCUGAUCACUCGUUUUCUCUGUUAUAAUGUGCGCCAGCGGAUAACUGCCGGUGACGCAAUGCGUCAUCCCUACUUCCGACCGUUGGGCCCGUCCAUUCUGCAGCUUGACGACACCGCUUCCAUAUUCUCAUUACCCAAUAUUGCGAUGGAGCGGGAGAACACCUUACACUACUCUGUGCCAAGCUCAUCACAUGGAAAGCCUCGCAGACAAAGCAUGCUGCUGUGAUUAUCAAUGACGCAGGCAGAGUGCAAUACGAAAAUUUAUUAUCGGAUGGAGAUGUCAGAUCUACUCAGGCAUUCCGUGCUUCAUUAUAGCGGAAAGAGGAGCACUGACGAUGCAGCUGCAAGGAUCCUGCCAAACAAUAUUUGCUCGCUUAGAAAGAUGUAAAAACAUAUCUCGCUCAAAUAGAUGGUUUUUUGCUGCCCUUCGAUUGCCAAAAAUCCGAAUGUGAAUUGUGAACUGAAUGACUGCAUCACCGUGUUUUUGCAUGGUUUCGUCGUUAGAGUAUACCACCGGACUUUCUGUUUUACCGUUUUAUUUCUAUGUAUCGAAAACUCAAGAUCUCGUUAUUAGUAGCCGUGCCUUGGAAUAAUCUGGCUGCUUAGGAAACGCAUGGUUUUGUUUGUUAUUUUUUGUUAUUUCAGAUAUAGAAGUAAAGAAACAGUUUGCCAUAAAUUCACAAUUGGUAAAUCAUUAAAAUCAAA